AUUUCCUGUUUCAAGUUUGUUUUGGUUUUGGUCGUGUGAACGUGAUCGUUUCCGCAGUGUUUCGUGCCUUGCAUUUCCGUGAAUUCAUCGUCUAUACUCCAAUCAGCCAUCGUAUAAUUGUCACAUUGUCACCGUAUUUAUGGGUGAACAAUGGGUACGUACGAAAGAGAUUCAAGGCCACUGGUGCAAGAACUUUCAGUACCUUUGCCAUCAAAUGACUACGUGAACAUAAUCGAAGCGCUGUCGGAGACAGAAAAACGACAGUUCGCAUUCCUGCUGUACAGUGUAUCUACUGGGUUGCACAAAAAUUCACUGUGUGAAUUUGUAAACCAGCCUGCCUCAAUUGAGGUGUUGAUAUCAGCAUUGCGAGCAGCACCUGUAAGCAAGGACACACUAGUACGCGAAAUUUUGUACAUUAUGAAAAAGUUUGCAUUGCUCAGAAAGGAGAUGCAUGUCUGCAAGCGGCAUGCUGGUCUAGAAUUUCGGCAACCAAAGGUGAUAUCCGAAUUCUGGAAAAGCUUAGCCCAAUUUUGUAAUGAGUGCCUGGAUGAAGAAGCCAAAAAGAUCUACGAGUGUCUUCUGCCAAAUCAGCAAAUGAUGUCCUGGUCAUCGGAAGCAGUGCUUUUGGAUCUGAUAGAGAGGGGGAUUAUCCAAGAAGGUGACGUUUCUAAAUUGCGCGAUUGCCUGCAGAAGGAUUUGGAAAUCCACGAACUCCGCUAUGCACUGAAUGCAGCAACAGAAAAGAACUACUACUCCAUGACCCACUCCCCGCAUGGAAGAGCAGUGAUACUGAACCACAAUUCGUUCAUCGUCGAUCCGGAGAACCUGGCUUUGCAGCUCGGUGAACGCAGAGGUUCUAAAAAGGAUGUCGCUGAUCUGGAGAAGUUGUGGAGAGACUUCGACUUCAGCGUCUCCGUCUUGAACGACCUGACCUUGGAAGACAUCGAGAAAGUUCUCAGACAAGUUCUUGACGAAGCAUCCGAUGCAUCAGAUGCAUUCGUGUUAGUCAUAUUAUCGCAUGGUUUCAAUGGUGGAUUUUACACGCACGAUUCUAAGAAAUGUAGUUUAGAAAGAAUAGAGCAAAUAUUGUGCGACGAAACGGAGGCAUUGUUAAACAAGCCAAAGAUCAUUUGUGUUCAGGCCUGCCAGGUAGAAGAUUUUGAGUCUGCCUCGGAACAAGGAAGGUCCCCAGGCCCGGUCAAUUCUACAAACAAAAGCAAGUCUGCUAUGGGAAGAGCAGACAGGAUAAAGUUUAUGUCGACAAUACCAAACCAUGUGUCCUAUAGAGACCCAGAGAAUGGCAGCAUAUUCAUUCAGCACUUCAUCAAGGUGCUACGAAAGUAUUGGAAUGAGUGCAGCCUCCAGGACAUGGGCACCAUGAUAAACAACGAAGUGAGGCGUACGCCCAUUCUUGUACGAGACAAUGGAGAGGAGUUGGAAUGGAAGGACCAGGUUUCAGAAGUUUCAUACGCGUUAACAAAGAAUUUGUAUCUGAAGAUGAGAUAAAGGUGCUUGCUACUGGUACAACACCA